CACAGCUACAAGCAGUCAAUCACCAAACCAAACCAAUAACACAGGAAAAUCAAAACUUUUUCAGCCUCAGUGUCUGAAAAACACUCAAAAAGAAAAAAAAAUGGUACUCUGCAGCAACAAAAAAGAAGUUGCAUAUGAAUUUCUUCCUUUCCUUAAAGUUUACAAAGAUGGUUCGGUGGAAAGAUUCCUAGAUUCACCAUUUGUUCCCCCAUCUAUGGAACAUUCAGAUUCCACCAUUAAUACUGAUGAUGAUGUUGUCUCCUCCAAAGACAUCAGAAUCAACUCAGAUGUCACAGCCAGAAUUUACCUCCCAACAUCAACAACAACAAAGAAGAUCUCUUCCAAUCAGAAGCUUCCUGUUCUUGCCUAUUUCCAUGGUGGUGGAUUUCUGAUGGAAUCAGCUUUUUCUUUCCUCUGCCACCGUUAUAUGAAUGCCCUUGUUUCCCAAUCCAAAGUUAUGGUCAUUUCUGUUGAAUAUAGAUUAGCCCCUGAGAACCCUCUUCCCAUAGCUUAUGAAGAUUCAUGGGCUGCUCUUCAAUGGAUUGCAUCACAUUCCAUUGCUCCAAAAAUUGGUGAAAUUAACAAUGAUGAUGUGAUUGAAGAAAAGUAUGAAGAACAAUGGGUUCUCAAGUAUGCAGAUUUUGACAGAGUAUUUGUUGGUGGAGAUAGUGCUGGAGCUAAUAUAGCACAUAAUCUAUCUCUAAGAGCAAGCCUUGAAGGAUUUCAUGGAGGAAUUAUGAAAAUCCAUGGAGUUUUGUUAUGCCAUCCUUAUUUUCUCGGGUCGAAACCAAUCGGGUCGGAGUCGGGUUCCCAUGGCAUGAACAUGUUGAAUCAUAAGACAUGGGAAAUCGCGUACCCGAAUGCGCCGAACGGGUUUGAUAAUCCAUUGAUUAACCCGUUUUCGAACGAAGCCCCGAGCUUGUCGGGGCUCCAGUGUUCGAGGUUGCUGGUUUGUGUUGCGGAGAAAGAUGAACUGAGGGAAAGAGGAGUUCGGUAUUAUGAUGCUGUGAAGAAAAAUGAUGAAUGGAAAGGUAAAGUUGAGUUGUUUGAAGUUGAAGGGGAAGAUCAUUGUUUCCAGGUUUUCAAUGUUGAUGGUGAUAAUGCCAAAAUGUUGAUCAAACGUUUGGCUUUGUUCCUUAAUUCAUACCAGAUUCAGGGGACUCUUGUUCCUUGAUCAAUAACACACUUCAAUCUUUAUUGCACUUGAUAAGUACAUAGUGAAAAUUCCGUGUAUAUCUCUAUAUAUUGUUUAAUUGGUUAAUUUCUUCAAUGGAUUCUGUAACUUUCAUUCCUUCUCUAUGUGUUCAUGUAUCUCAAAUUGCUUUAUUUGAAUUGAAGAGUACUUUAUGGUAACUUUCAUACUUUUUAUUUAGUUUAAAGUUGUAACAUUACUGAGUUCUACUCCUUCCGGUCCUUAUUAUAAGACAUUUUAAUUUGCGUUUUUAAUUGACGAAAAAAAUCUUAAUAAUAUUUUAUAACAAUCUAGAGAACACAGACGAAC